AUGGAGGUCAAAGCCGAAACCGAGAACGUCUGGCACCAGUUUGCCUUCAGCUACGAUGACAGUCCCAGUUCGGGCAGGAACACGGUGUACGUGAACGGUACACAGCAAAUAACCGGCAGCGAAGCUCCGAACACGCCAGUCGGCGACGAUGGCGCCUUCACUGUCGGCGCGUUGCCCAAGGUCUGCAACAGGGAUUUCGGAGCCACCGGGACUUGUUGCCCCACGGAGCAUUCCGCGGUUGCGUGUCUCGACCCUGCCACUGACAACCGGUGCGAGCUUUUUAUGGAAGGCGACAUUGCGCAAAUAGCAGUUUACAACGUAUCGCUGACUUCGGAUCAGCUGACGUUUCUGGCUACGUCUACCACCUCUACUACGACAACCACGGCCGCGGUCACGACCGAAGCGAAGGUCACCUCUGGGAGCGCAGCGGCCACUGCAGAAAACAAGAGCGCCGCCGCCUCGUCGACACUGUACAGCUCCAAAGCUCGUGUCGGAGUAACGUUUCUCGCCUUGCUGUGGUCGCUUGGCAUAUAA